CAUGGAAUCGCGUGUCGCGUCAAGCAACAAAUGCCUGAGGCCCCCGAAUUCGAUGCGGUUCCACGGUCUCACAGCCUGCGAAUACCGUCGCUUGUAUCCCCAAGACUAGAAUAGUCUUAUCGCCCGAGCGAGAACAACAUGCUCUGACAAUGAGAUCUAGUUGACGUCACCUGCAACGGUCCACGGAAGAAAGUCACCGAAACAUCGUGAUCCUGACCGCAAUUUCUCAAGCAUCAGGAAAUAAAUAAUGCUCUUUCGGAUUUAAUUACCUAUUCAUUAACUUCGUUCGUGCUCUGUACCUUUUUUCGCUUAGUUUGUGCUUGGGUAGUGGCUUUCUUUUUGAUCGGACGCGCAAAUGUCUCUCGCUCAGCAUGUAACCCAGACUGAGGGCUUCGAUUACGAAGGCCCAGCGAAUCCCAGCUACGAGGGCCCGAGUUAUCCGAGUGUUUCACCUGGCUUUGGAUCGGGAAAUACUCUUGUUCCUGGCGAUGAAUGCGAUCAAAGCGGUGACCGAUCAGAAUGGCGACGAUUGAAUUUUGCCCCUGUUGAGGUUGCUAAGAAAUUGCCCAACAUUGCUGCUUACAAGGUCUCCAACCUCAAGCGCUACGGUAAGCAACACAGUCCGAGUCAAUUGAGACGCACAGCUAACUUGGUGCAGUUCAGGUAGCGACUGGUAUAAUCGCCUGUUGGUUCGCAGCAGGCAUCGUCUUCGGUUUUGCUGCACUCAAGCCAAUUCUUAUCAAGGAGGGCAUCUACUCCGAUCUCUGCCCGGUGGUGGACUACAGGAUCCCAUGCGCUGAGCAAGACAUGCGCUUGAACCUUUUGUUCAUCUCAGCGUCAAUCUCUGCGAACGUUUCUUCUCUUUUGGCCGGCUCUGUCCUUGAUCGCUUCGGUCGACGAGUGUGUUGGCUGGUCUCGAGUGUUCUGCUCGCCAUCGGUUCGUUGAUGAUGGCCAUCUCAUUCUCGCAUCCCGGCUUCCACGGAUAUCUCAUCGGUAAUAUACUUCUUGCUUUCGGUGGUACAUUUAUCUUCGUCUCUAGCUACCAACUAGCGAACGCGUUUCCCAGAUAUUCUGGACUCAUCGUCGCGCUCGUCACCGGCGCCUUUGAUGCCUCGGCUGCCGUGUUUUUGUUCUAUCGCAUGGCUUAUGAUGCUUCCGACGGAUCAUUUUCACUCGACAGAUUCUUUUACGGCUACAUUUCCGUCCCGGUCGCCAUUAUAAUGGCUGAAUUCCUGUGGAUGCCAGCGCACUCGUACCAUACCCUUCCGCAGCUCGAGCAGAAAAUCGAGCACGCCCAAGACCGCACUCGCGAUGUUCACCAAUCUGAUGAAGAGAUCGACAAUACAAACGAACUUAGCCGCGUUCGAAGUGCACGAGCCGGCCAGAGAAAGGCUAAACUUGAGAAGAUUGAGCAACUCGCUGGCGAUAGUCAAGAACGGGGCGAGCGAGUCAGAGAAGAGGAGGACCGACAGGAAGCCAGCGGUGUUUGGGGUGUUCUCCACGGAAUGCCAGCCCACAAGCAGAUGAUGACGCCUUGGUUCGUUCUCAUUCUCGUUUUGACGAUUCUUCAGAUGAUUCGCAUGAACUACUUCAUCGCUGGUGUCAGAUCGCAGUACCGAUACAUGUUGGGCUCCGACAAAGCCGCCGAGCGUAUCAAUGAGUUCUUCGAUGCUGCUCUCCCCAUUGGAGGCGUCGCCGCGACGCCUUUCAUUGGAAUCUUGCUCAACAACCUGAGUGUUCCCGCUACCUUUUCCGUUUUGACGGUGUUUAUCAUCGUUAUUGGAGUCCUGAACUGUAUUCCGAACAUAAUUGCUGGAUACUUCACAGUCGUUGCUUUCGUAUUCUUCCGUCCUCUGUAUUAUUCCGCAGUUUCUGACUACGCCACCAAAGUCUUUGGUUUCGCCACGUUCGGGCGCAUUUACGGAACGGUUACUUGCGUCUCCGGAAUCACGCAGCUCAUUCAAUCCGGACUCGAUGCGCUUACUCAUGGUCCACUACACGAUGACCCAACGCCCGUCAACGCGACUUUGGGCGCCGCUGGAGCCCUGGUAGGGCUCAUCUUGACCAUCUUCAUUACUGUCAAGGGUAGAGUCUUUGUCGAGAAGAGGGUUGAGAUGUGGGCCGACGGUGAGAGAGAACGACUCUUGUCAGAAGAUCGGAUCGGAUAUGGAACGGGUCACGAAGUUCAAGAAUAACCGAAGACUCUAUCAGAUGUUUCAUGAGCUCGUUUUGAAGUCACUUCGCAGGUUACAUUGCAUUUCUGUGAUGUCGGAAUCUUCUAAUAGUUAUCUGCCAUGGAUUAUGUAUACUUACGGGAAUUUGGAUCGGAUCAAACGCUAUUGUAUGGGCAUCCUACUUUGAGUUCUUACCGACUGAAUCUAUAAAGAUAUAAAAAGGAUAUGAUGCAGGAGUUUGCUGGCUAUAGAUAUUCACGCUAAUUCAUUUAUCAUUAUUACUGACUC